GCCCAGGGCCGGUGCGCGCCGGGAGCCCAGAGACCAAGAGCCCACAUGACGCAGAAACCUCUCAGCACCGCUGCGGCCGAGCGCGUGAACCUCGUGGCCCAAGACGAGAUCUGGAAAUACCGCCUGAAAGCUGAAACCGAAGCGCGGCAAAACUGGGCCCAGAACUGGGGAUUUUUAGCAACCCCUCUCGAGGAGUUGCUCAAGGGUGACGAAGAACCCCUCACCCCAAAGCCCAAAAUCGAGCUUCCCGAGCGAUUCCGCAUCCGGCCCGUGACCCCAGCGGAGAAAUACAUCAAGGGAAUAGUGUCGGGGUUCCGUGGGAGAACGCCUGCGAAGGAUUUGGAACGUUACCCGAUCCUUCCGUCCCCGCCAGUCCCGAAGACGACCCAGGGCUUCAUCGGCUGGAGAGCCGGGGUGCCAGGCCUGAACAAGGGUCUGGCACACGCUUUUGAGAUCAGGAGCUGCAAAGGGGCGUAUGCCAAAGAGCUAAGCUGGCCGGAGCAAGGCAUCCACUGAGUCCAGAGGCCAGCCGCUGGGCACCUGCCGGCCAAGCGCCAGGCCGCUGAUGUCGAAGCCAGCGCAGGGAGGAGCUCCCCAGCCCCCCCUCUGCAGAUACAGCUCCCCUCCACGUUUGCUCAGGGGAUGUUGCAAAGAACACAAAACAGCCCCUUGACAUUUUCAGUUCAUCAACACCUCCCCUCCAGAACGUUCUCCUGACACACUCAUUCCUGGCUAAUAUAAUGAAUAAGGCAAAAUAGAGUCUCUGAAUUCUGUUUUGAUACCUUGGGAAUUUCUAAGUAUGGCUUUUA